CGCAGACAUGUCUCUCUCGAUACCAAACGCCCCUAAUGCCGGCCUCUUCAAGCAAGGCUAUCAAAACUACGACGCCGAAGAUGGCGCUGUCAUUCGCAACAUCGACGCCUGCCGGACAAUUGCCCAGACCGUUCAGACGUCUCUCGGACCCUAUGGCCGCAACAAGAUUGUCAUAAACCACCUCCAGAAGAUGAUCCUCACCUCAGAUGCGGCAACGAUACUGCGCGAACUCGAGGUCGUACACCCGGCCGCAAAGCUCCUUGUCAUGGCCAGCCAGCAGCAAGAGGCAGAGAUGGGAGAUGCCACAAACCUGGUCAUCAUCUUGGCUGGUGAGCUGCUGAAGAAAGCAGAGGAGUUGAUCAGGAUGGGUCUGAAGACAAGCGACAUUGUCUUGGGCUACGAGAAGGCACAACUUGCAGCUCUACAGACACUAGAGGAUCUCGUAUGCGACAAGGUUGAAGACAUCCGGUCACAGGAACAACUCAGCAAGGCCAUCCGCACCGUUGUCGCAGCCAAGCAGUCUGGCAGCGAAGACUUCCUCGCUAAUCUCGUCGCCGAAGCCGUCCUCGCCGUCCUUCCCAAGAACCCCGUAAACUUCAACGUCGACAAUGUCCGCGUGGUCAAGAUCAUGGGUGGAGCUCUGGAGCAGAGCAAGGUCGUCAAGGGCAUGGUCUUCGCAAGGCAACCAGACGGCACUGUCCAAAAGGCAACCAAGGCCAAGGUCGGAGUCUUCUCAUGCCCAAUCGACAUCUCGCAGACGGAGACCAAGGGCACAGUGCUGCUGCACAACGCAAAGGAAAUGAUGGACUUCACAAAGGGCGAGGAGCAGCAAGUCGAGCAGGCCAUCAAGGAGCUCCACGACUCUGGUCUGAGGGUGGUGGUUGCUGGAUCGACCAUUGGCGAACUGGCCAUGCACUACCUCAACCGCUACAACAUUCUCGUCAUCAAGAUUCUCUCCAAGUUUGAGCUGCGACGGCUAUGCAGGGUGGUUGGCGCCACACCGCUUGCCCGUCUGGGAGCUCCCAUGCCUGACGAGAUGGGCACCAUCGACGUGGUUGAGACACUAGAGAUUGGCGGUGACCGAGUCACAGUCUUCAGGCAAGAAAACGAGCAGACACGGACUGCCACGCUGGUGCUACGUGGCGCUACUCAGAACCACCUUGACGACGUCGAGCGCGCGAUUGACGACGGAGUCAAUGUGGUCAAGGCUAUUACCCGCGACGCCCGGCUGGUACCCGGAGCUGGAGCAACCGAGAUGCAGUUGGUCGAACGGGUCAAGGCCAUUGCGGAUAAGACACCGGGUCUUGCACAGUACUCGAUCCGCAAGUAUGCCGAGGCUUUUGAGGUUAUCCCCCGCACGCUCGCGGAAUCAGCUGGGCUUGACGCGACCGAGGUGCUCGCCAAGCUGUACGUAGCGCACGCUGCGCAGAAGAACCGAAAAGACGACGAGUGGACGGUUGGCGUGGACAUUGAGAACGAGGACGACACAGGCACGCUCGACGUGAAGCAGGAGGGUAUCCUGGACCUGUGGGUCAGCAAGAUGUGGGCUAUCAAGCUGGCGACCGAGGCAGCCAGGACAGUGCUGAGCGUCGAUCAGAUUAUUGUUGCCAAGCAAGCCGGUGGACCCAAGAUGCCUGGAAAGGCGCAGCAGGGCAACUGGGAUCAGGAUGACUAAAGCACACGUGGUGGGAUGAGAGAACGUGUAUAAUGACAGGGACUAGACGCCAUUGAAGCACUAAAU